AUGUUUCUAGUAGAGAGCAGAGCAGAAUUCCUAGGAUUGGGUGUGGGCAUGUGCAAGGUCACAAGGAAAAGACCCAGAGAAAAAUCACAUUUUAAAGACCAGAGAAACACUGGUUCUUUUGGGGCCGCCUACAGCUGUCUGUUUAUAGUGUAAGGGACGUCAUCAACAACGCUGUCUUUCAGUUUUGGUUUUACAGGGAAAGUGGUCCUAAAAGAAACAGAGCUGUAAGGGGUGGAGAGAGGAGGGACAAUUGCAGAAUUGCUGCUUAGUGGUGUCUGUGUGCCCUCUGCUGGGGGAGCUGAGACAUGCUCAUCUCAGAAGGAUGGGGACGCUGGGUUCCUGGCCAAAGUUUCUCCCAGCAUGAUAGGGACUGGCCCUAUUGUGUGGGAAAGACAGCGGUGGUGCUAGAGACAGAUGCUAAUCUAUGGACCCUUGAGGGGCGGGAAUAGAUCUUUGGGGGGCAUGCAGGACAAAGGUAGACGGCUGGAUUACAGCCCAGGUAUUGUCCCUGUCUGGGCCACUACUCCCACAUUCAGGAAGUGGACCUCGUGGGUGAGGACACACUGUCCCUCUCCCCAAGUUAAUAACUUACUUCUCCAGCCAGGGUCCUGCCCCAGGCAGGAAUAUAGGUCUGUACUACAGCAGCUCCUGCUGACACUCUGCCUGUCAAAACCACCCUGCAGCUCAGGAUCAAGCAGUGUGGUCACAGACAGGUGGGGUUUCAGAGCACCCCUCUGACUGCCCCUCUCCCCAGAAUUCCAUAAUGAAGGCCUGUAUGCUUGUAGGUGUGCUGGUCAUGGUGGGCUUCGCAGUGGGAAAGGCUCCCCUUGCUGAAGUCCGGACCUGCCACUUCUGCCUCUUAGAAGACCCUUCAGUCGGAUGCAUUUCAGGCUCAGAGAAGUGCACCAUCAGCAGUACAUCCCCAUGCAUGGUGAUCACCAUCUAUUACAAUACCAAGAUCCGCUUCUUCAUUCGAGGCUGUGGACAGUACAAUUCUUACCGCUGCCAAGAAAAGCACGCUACCUACUUCGCAGAGUACUGGUACGAGGCCCAAUGCUGCCAGUAUGAUUACUGCAACUCUUGGUCCAGCCCCCAGCUCCAGAGCUCCCUGCCUGAACCCCCUGACAGGUCCCUGACCCUACCCCUGUCCGAGGCCCAGAUCCAGAGGUUCUACCAAGCCUUGAACCUCUCACUGCCCCUACCCAGCUUCCAUGCUGAGAAGGAGCCUGAAGAAGGCCUGGACCCCCUGGCCGCCCUGCCUCUGAACCUGGACUUGCCUGUUGCUGUCCUGCGCCACAUAUACUUGUUCCUUAACAAUUCAGGACUUUUGGUUCUUUCCCAGGCUGGACCCUGACACCUUACCCUUGCUGGAUCCCACUCUGUUCUAGCAUCUGUCCCCUAACGCCCCAGCAGCCUACACUGUCCUGUCAGAACAUCCACAUUCUCUGGCCUCUGAUUUCUUAGGCCUCCUUUCUGUGGUACUUCCAGUGUCUGUAUGGUUUUGAUUUAAUUUUCUCUUCAGAAACUGGUUGGCAAUGCACCUAGUCCUCCUCUUUCUUUUUCCUAGAAAAUAAUCUCAAGUGCAGAUUCUGCCCAGGCUGACCUGGAAAAGGCACAGUGGUUUCCUUAUCCCUUUCCCAUCAUCUGAGUGGUCCAUCAUCCCCCGUAAUCUUCCCAAUCCCCUCUCAAUCUGGUCACCUGCUACCUCCAUUCACAUCUAGCUCUAUAUCCUGUCCUAUGCCUGUCUCUAAGAUCCAGUGCCAGACUGAACUUGGCAGCAAGAAGGACGAGGGGUAGACUUCUAUGCAGAUUUCCUGACUUGGCAUUCUGGUGUCUCUGCCUUAGUGUCUCCACCACCGCCACUCUCACCCUGGUCUCCUGCUGCCUCCUCUCAUCUCUUGUCCCAAUCUGUGGCCUCUUCAGCCCCACUUCACUUCACUCAGUCGCUUUCCCACUUCCAUAGGUUCCUGGGGAGAGGAGAGGAGAGAGUCUGUCCUGCUCUGUUCCAUGUCCCUCAAUUUCCCUCCGCAAUAAAUGGACUGGGCUAA